AUGAGUAAUGCAGGUUAUUCUCAAAGUCGUAUUCAAUUUAUACCUAAUGAUCAACCACGUUCUGAACAACGUAAUUAUUCAGAUAGAUCAUUAGUCCAAUUGAUACAGCUUGACUUUACCGAUUAUACACUACAAGCACUUGAUAUAGAUAAUAAUCGUACCAUAAUCUUUAAUAUUCCUCUUAAACAACGAGCUCAAUAUAAAAUUGGAAAAACAGUCAAUAAUCCAGAUGAAGUUCAAGAUCAAAAUGGAACUUAUUAUUUAUGGUUAAAUGCUCAAUCACGAGCUAAAUUUCAUGAAGCAUUAGAUAUAUGUUUUCAACAAAUAUCUUUAUUAACAAAUGGAUCACCUGAGUCACCUACUCAAACACCUGUCUAUAAAUCCGAUGAAAAGUCACCACAUAAAUAUGAACAAUCACGAGGUGUACAACCAAAGUUACCAACACGAUCAAAUGAAAAUGGUCUUCUAAUUGAUAUUUAUCAAUUAGGACAAAAUAUUAGACAAGGUAAUAUUGAUGAAGCUGUUGGAUUAGCAAAAAAAUUAGCUCAACAAAAUAUUCCACUUCAAGCAAGUCCCUGGAAUGGACAGAAAGAAGAAGAAAUAAUUGAAGUUAAAGUUAAAAUCGACAGUAAUGAACCAAGAAUUAGUAAUAAAUAUAAAAAUGAAAUGAUAAUAAGUGUUUAUCCAUCGACAACAAUUCAGGAACUAUGUCUUAUUUUUGAACAUUGUCAUAAUUUUUCACCAUUAAAUCAAUAUUUUUUUGUCAAUGGUCAUUUAGCUCAUCACGAUUCAACAAUGAAAGAUUUAAAUAUUCGUUCAAAUUCACUUUUUAUAUUAUUUAUAAUUCAACAAUGA